AUGGAGAUGACAGGGACCAGGGGAGUCCCUGAGGCCCCCCUCUGGCCCACCCGAGCGGCCCUGCUCUUCCUCUGCCUGCUGGGGCUCGGCCCUGCACCAGCCGCUCCAGAAAGGAGGAGGGAGCAAGCAGCCCUCAGGGCACACAGGGGCGGGGGGGGGGGUGGAUUUCAGGGCUGGCCUGGCAUCUCUCUCUUGUGCCCCAAGACCUCUGGGCAAGUCUGCGAGAGCAUGGACAUCCGCGUGGAUCCCGCGCAGCUGCGCCGCCUGGAGAACUGCUCCGUCAUCGAGGGCAGCCUGCAGAUCCUGCUGAUGUUCACGGCCAGCGGCGAGGACUUCCGCUCGCUGGCCUUCCCGCGGCUGGUCGUGAUCACCGAGUACCUGCUGCUCUUCCGCGUUUACGGGCUGGAGAGCCUGCGCGACCUCUUCCCCAGCCUGGCCGUCAUCCGCGGGGCCAGCCUCUUCUUCAGCUACGCCCUGGUCAUCUUCGAGAUGCCGCACCUGCGCGACAUCGGCCUGCGCAGCCUGACCAACGUUCUCAACGGCUCGGUGCGGAUCGAGCGCAACCAGGAGCUCUGCCACAUUUCCACCAUCGACUGGGCGCUGCUGCAGCCGCCGCCCUCGCUCGAACACAACAUCAUUCUGCACAACAAGCCGGCGGAGGAGUGCGCCGACGUCUGCCCGGGCAUCCUGGGCGUGGAGGAGCCCUGCGUGCAGACCCCGGCCGGCCUCGCCGGCCCCAUGCAGCACCGGUGCUGGACCUCCAGCAGCUGCCAGAAAGUGUGUCCAUGCAAAGUCGGAGGCGCUGCUUGUACAAGCAAGGAGGAGUGCUGCCACCCGGAGUGUCUGGGGGGCUGCAGCCGCCCCGGGGACCCCCAUGCCUGUGUCGCCUGCCACCACUUCUACUUCAACGGGCGCUGCCUGAGCUCCUGCCCAGACCUCGCUUACGAGUACGAAGGGUGGCGCUGCGUGACUGCCGAGCACUGCGGUGGCCUGCGCAAGGUCUCCGAGCAUCUCCGGGACUCCUCCAGGUUUGUCAUCCAUCAGAAGCAGUGCCUGGCCGAGUGCCCCCCAGGCUACCAGAAGAACGAGAGCAGCCUUGUCUGCCACGAGUGCGAGGGGCUGUGCCCCAAGGAGUGUAAAGUGGGCACCAAAACCAUUGACUCCACUCGGGCAGCCCGGGACCUGGCCGGCUGCACCUUCAUCGAGGGGAACCUGAUUGUUAACAUCCGCCGGGGCGAAAAUCUGGCCUCCACUUUGCAGAGCAGCCUCGGCCUGAUCGAGACCAUCACUGGAUUCCUGAAGAUCAAGCACUCCUUUGCUCUCAUCUCCCUGACCUUCUUCAGGAACCUCAAACUGAUCCGGGGGGACUCCAUGGUGGAUGGGAACUACACUCUGUAUGUGCUGGACAACCAAAAUCUCCAGCAGCUGUGGGACUGGAGCCAGCACAGGCUGUCCAUCCCAGUGGGGAAGAUGUAUUUUGCCUUUAACCCCAAGCUGUGCCUCUCAGAGAUCUUUCGGAUGGAGGAGGUCACGGGGACCAAGGGGAGGCAGAACAAGGCGGAGAUCAACCCCCGGACGAACGGGGAUCAAGCGUCUUGCAAGACCCAGACCCUCCGCUUUGUGUCCAACACCACUGAGUCGGACCGUAUCGUCCUCAGAUGGGAGCGCUACCAGCCUCCUGAGUCCCGCGACCUCCUCAGCUUCAUUGUCCACUACAAGGAAUCCCCCUUCCAGGACGUGACGGAGUACGUUGGGCAGGACACGUGCGGGGCCAACAGCUGGAACGUUGUGGAUGUGGAGCUUCCCCUGAGCCACGACCAGGAGCCGGGCGUGACGUUGCAGAACCUUAAGCCAUGGACGCAGUACGCCAUCUUCGUGCGGGCCAUUACCCUCACCACCGCCGAGGAGAGGCGCAACUUCGGGGCCCAGAGCGAGGUGGUCUACAUCCGCACCCUGCCUGCAGCACCGACGGUGCCGCGGGAUGUCAUCUCCAUGUCCAACUCUUCCGCACACCUCAUCGUCCGGUGGAAGCCUCCCUCGCAGCCCAACGGGAACCUCACCUACUAUCUGGUGCUGUGGCAGCAGCUGGCGGAGGACUCGGAGCUCUUUGUCAACGACUACUGCCACAAAGGGCUCCGCCUGCCCACCAGCAGCGCAGACACCCGCUUUGACACGAGUGACAGCGAGGGGCAUGAGGACACGGAGGAUGAACGGUGCUGCCCCUGCCAGAGUCCCGUUGGGCACAGCCAGCCCAGUGUCGAAACUGUGUCCUUCCAGAAGAAGUUUGAGAACUUCCUCCACAAUUCAAUCAUCCUUCCCAGACCUCCUUGGAAAGUCACCUCAAUCAACAAGGUUUCUUCUUACCGAGUCCCUAAAAGGCGCAGAGACACCCUUGCUGUGACAGUGGCGAGCCAGGCCUUUCCCAACACCUCCUCACCUCCUCCAGGGAGCCCAAGCCAGGGAGCCACGGCCCAUCGGUCUGAGUUUGACUCUAAGACAGAGAAGGACUUCCGCAUCUUUGAAGAUAAAGUAGUUCGGGACCGGACAGCAAUUUCCAACCUGCGCCAUUUCACCGAAUAUCGGAUUGACAUUCACGCCUGCAACCAUGCGGCCCAGACCAUGGGGUGCAGUGCUGCAACCUUCGUCUUUGCUCGGACGAUGCCAGAAGCUCAAGCUGACAACAUCCCAGGAAACAUGACCUGGGAGCCAGCCAGCAAGAACAGCGUCCUCCUUCGGUGGCAGGAGCCGAAGAACCCCAAUGGCCUCAUCCUGAAGUAUGAGAUCAAGUACAGCCGGGAGAGCGAGAAAGUCAUCUCUGUGGUCUGCGUCUCCCGCCAUCGCUAUGCCCAGUAUGGGGGCUACCAUCUCGCCCUCCUCCAGCCAGGAAAUUACUCUGCUAAGGUUCGGGCCACCUCACUGGCAGGAAAUGGUUCCUGGACCAGCCUGAUGAAGUUCUACAUUCUCGGAGGAGUAGAGGAAGAGGAACCCGGAAAUUUUUACGUGUUCUUGACGCUCACCCCGGUGGUGCUGAUGGUUGGGAUCACGUGUCUGGCCGUCUUUGUCUUCUUGUACAACAAGAAAAGGAACGCCGAAGGAUACCCCAGCGGCACGCUGUAUGCCUCGGUCAACCCUGAAUACUUCAGUGCCUCCAACAUGUAUGUCCCCGAUGAGUGGGAGGUGCCCCGGGAACGGAUCACGAUCCUGCGAGAGCUGGGCCAGGGAUCCUUCGGGAUGGUCUAUGCGGGGAUAGCCAAGGACUUGGAGCAGGAGGGCGAGGAGACCCGGGUGGCGCUGAAGACCGUCAACGAGCUGGCCUCCAUGCGGGAGCGAAUCGAGUUCCUGAACGAGGCCUCCGUCAUGAAAGCCUUCCGCUGCCACCACGUGGUUCGCCUCCUUGGGGUGGUGUCCCAAGGCCAGCCGGCCGUGGUCAUCAUGGAGCUGAUGACAAGGGGGGAUUUGAAAAGCUACCUCCGUUCGCUCAGGCCGGACGCCGAGAAUAACCCCGGUUUGCCUCCCCCUUCGCUGAAGGACAUGAUCCAGAUGGCUGGCGAGAUUGCUGACGGCAUGGCCUACCUCAACGCCAAGAAGUUUGUCCACCGGGACCUUGCAGCCCGCAAUUGCAUGGUGUCCGAGGACUUCACAGUCAAGAUUGGAGAUUUUGGGAUGACCAGGGACAUCUACGAAACAGACUAUUACCGCAAAGGGGGGAAAGGCUUGCUGCCGGUCCGCUGGAUGUCUCCGCAAGCCCUGAAGGAUGGGAUCUUCAACACUCAGUCGGACAUCUGGUCCUUUGGCGUGGUGCUCUGGGAAAUUGCCACCUUGGCGGAACAGCCCUACCAGGGCAUGUCCAACGAACAGGUGCUCCACUUUGUGAUGGACAACGGGGUCCUGGAGAAGCCCGAGAACUGUCCUGACAAGCUGCAUGACCUCAUGACUCGGUGCUGGCAGCAAAACCCACGUCUGCGCCCGUCCUUUGUCCAGAUUCUGGAGAGCAUCAAGGAUGACAUGAGCAGCAGCUUCCGCGCUCACGCCUUCUUCUACAGCCUGGAGAACAAGCGCAGCAGCUCUGGGGGCGCUCUGGACCUCGAGACAGACAAGCUGCUGGAGGAAACAGAGGAGGGAGAGCCAAAGCCGGCGGCCCUGGCCCCCCACGGCAGCAGCCCCCGGCUUGUUCUUGGUCCUGGCCAGGCCACAAACUGUUGCUCAUCCAGCAGGAAGCCACGCCUCUGA